CCUGACGUCACGCCGCAGGCCCGUGCGCAGGCGCAGUGCGUGGUAAACACACUCCUAAGGGAAGGAAGCCGCCGCCGCCGUGUCUGCCUCCCGGAGCUCCGACGUCGCCGCCGCCGGUCAGCACACAGCCCGGAGACGCCAACCGGCAGCGAGGCCACCCUCCGGUGCACCCCCCGCCGCACUCCCCGCCCUCAGCCCGCGGCCCCGUUGUUCUCCUCGCUGAGGCGACUGGUUCCAUCCGGUUCCCGCGCCUGCGCACUGAGCUGUGGGCAGGAGGCUGACAGGAUGGUGCAGAAGGAUGGGCAAGCGGCGGCAGUCACCACGGAGCCCGAGGCCGGGCCCAAACCCCUGGGCCCCGAGCUGGCGGCCCCCGUCCCCGCCGGGGAGGACACCGAGAUCGCCACCACCCGGAGGUUCCUGUGCGGCGUGGUGGAGGGGUUCUAUGGACGUCCGUGGACUAUGGAGCAAAGGAAAGAACUUUUUAGAAGACUUCAGAAGUGGGGUCUCAACACGUACCUGUAUGCACCAAAGGAUGACUACAAGCACAGAAUGUUCUGGAGAGAGAUGUACUCCGUGGAAGAAGCUGAUCAACUCAUGAUCUUGAUCUCUGCUGCUAAAGAAUUUGGAAUAGAGUUUGUCUAUGCCAUAUCGCCAGGGCUUGACAUAACAUUCUCCAACCAGAAAGAAGUGUCCACGCUGAAACGCAAAUUAGACCAGGUCACGCAGUUUGGGUGCAAGUCGUUUGCCCUCCUGUUUGAUGACAUUGACCACAAUAUGUGCCCAGCAGACAAGGAGGCUUUCAGCUCUUUCGCUCAUGCACAAGUGUCGAUAACAAAUGAAAUUUAUCAGUACUUAAGUGAACCGGAAACAUUUCUUUUUUGUCCUACAGAAUAUUGUGGAACAUUUUGUUACCCAAAUGUUGCACAGUCCCCCUACCUGCGAACAGUUGGUGAGAAGCUGCUUCCUAACAUAGAUGUUCUCUGGACAGGUCCAAAGGUUGUUUCUAAAGACAUUCCCGUAGAAUCUAUCGAAGAGGUCUCCAAACUUCUCAAGAGGUCCCCUCUAAUCUGGGACAACAUACAUGCAAAUGAUUACGACCAGAAGAGACUUUUUCUUGGACCCUACAAAGGACGUUCUACUGAGCUCAUUCCGCGGCUCCAAGGGGUUUUAACCAAUCCAAACUGUGAAUUUGAGUCAAAUUAUGUUGCUAUUCACACUCUGGCCACCUGGUAUAAAUCCAAUAUGAACGGCGUGAGGAAAGACGUAGUAAUGACUGACAGUGAAGACAGCACCGUAUCUAUACAGAUUAAAUUAGAGAAUGAAGGCAGCGAUGAAGAUAUUGAAACCGAUGUUCUUUAUAGUCCCCAAAUGGCUCUCAAAUUGGCGCUGACAGACUGGCUGCAAGAGUUUGGAAUGCCUCUUCAGUAUAGCAACCGUCAAGUAACGCACAGUGGCGCAAAAGCAGGUGUUGUCGGAAUGCCACCAUUAAUUUCCACUCCGUCCCUCAGUGCAGCAACCACCGUUACAACCGUUUAUCAACAACCCAUCAUGAGCCAAGGGACGGCGUUGAGCCCUGACCCACCCAUGUUGGCAAAGGAGGAAGAGAAAAAGCAGCUGGAUGAAGAGCCCAUGGACAUGGUGGUGGAAAAGAUGGAGGAUGUAAAUAAGAAUGUUAACCAAAUUUUAACUGACAUUGCCGAAGCCAAAAUGUCGGAGGAGUUAAAGCCGAUGGACACUGAUAAAGAGAUCGUGGGUGAAGGCAAAUCCUUAGAGUUGUGUAUGCAGGAGGACGCUUGUAAUGACAUAGCCCCGAUGCAGACUGAUGAACAGAUCAACAAGGAUGUGUUUAUCCCUGGUCCCAAUGAGAAGCCCCUCUACACAGCUGAAGCCGUCACCCUGGAGGAUUUACAAUUACUUGUGGAUUUGUUUUACUUGCCUUAUGAGCAUGGACCAAAAGGGGCUCAGAUGCUGAAGGAGUUUCAGUGGCUUCGCGCUAACAGCAGCGUCGUGAGCGUCAACUGUGUCGGCAAAGACUCUGAUAAAAUAGGUGAGUGGAGGGAAAAAGCUGUGAAGUUUGAAGAAAUGUGUGGCAUCGUGAUGACCAUGUUUACCCGGCUCUCCAACUGUCCAAACAGGACUAUCCUCUAUGACCUGUACCCCUACGUCUGGGAUAUUAAGAGUAUCAUUUCUAUGGUGAAGUCAUUUGUGCAGUGGCUAGGGUGUCGUAGUCAAUCUUCAGCACAGUUCUUAAGUGGAGACCAAGAGCCCUGGGCCUUUAGAGGAGGUCUAGCAGGAGAGUUCCAGCGUUUGCUUCCAAUUGAGGGAGCAAAUGACCUGUUUUUUCAGCCUCCUCCCCUGACGCCUACCUCAAAAGCCUACUCCAUCCGACCUUAUUAUCCAAAGGAUGAGGCAUCCGUAUACAAAAUAUGUAGAGAAAUGUAUGACGAUGAAAUGGAUGAUUUGCCAUUUGAAAGUCAGCCAGACUUAAUAGGAGACAAGCUUGUCGGCGGGCUUCUGUCUCACAGCCUUGACUACUGUUUUGUAUUGGAAGACGAGGAUGGGAUUUGUGGCUACGCUGUGGGCACAGUAGAUGUCACUCCAUAUCUCACAAAAUGCAAACAUUCCUGGAUUCCUUUCAUGCAGGAGAAAUACACCAAGCCCAUAGCGGACAAAGAGCUUUCUGCAGCAGAGAAAAUAAUGCUCAGUUUUCACGAGGAGCAAGAAAUCUUACCGGAUACAUUCCUUGCUAAUUUUCCCUCUUUAAUAAAAGUGGACAUUCACAAGAAAGUCACUGACCCAAGUGUAGCCAAAGGGAUGAUGGCAUGUCUCUUGUCUUCUCUGAAAGCCAAUGGCUCGCGUGGUGCUUUCUGCGAAGUGAGACCAGACGAUAAGAGGAUCCUGGAUUUUUACAGCAAGCUAGGCUGCUUUGAAAUUGCCAAAAUGGAAGGAUUCCCUAAGGAGAUUAUUAUACUCGGAAGAACCCUUUGAAGAUAUUUUCUACUAGAUAAAAACAAACAAACAAAAAAAAAAAAAGCUGUCAAAAACGGUUUCUGAUAUUUCUUAUGGCGUAAGGCCGCAGGUUUACCAACAGGUUGUCCGGACCCUUGCUAUGCAUAUUGUACUACAACAUUAAGAUCAGACAAAAUAAGGAAAGAAAAAAAAAAUUCCCAAACUCAAGUUUUUAAGACAACCGUUUAGGCUUAUUUCCAAUGCUAUUGGUCGUUUGCAUGGGCUCUUACCGUGGAGAAACGUGCUACAAGUAAUAAUAUAGAAGGAUAUGCGCCUGGUUUUUUUUUUUUUGGUUUUUUUUGUACAAUGUAGACUUGGUUUAAGUAACUGAUGUUCCAUCGCCUUCUCAUUCUCUCAGCAUUCUGUAGUGUUUUCAGAUCUGAUACCUCUCAUUCAGGAAUUUUGUUUUUCCCCUGCUGGGGUGGGGGGGCACUCCGUAUGGCCAAUUUUUUAAGCCAGAGAAGGAGACACGCAUAGCACUUCUUAGGGGUCAUUAAGGCUCAUUCAUAUAAUAAGGUAGAGCGCCUCCUCCAAACAAUAGGAGUCAACCUUUCUGUAAAUGUUUCUAUAUGUACAGUCCAUGUUUACCAUGUUUUUUUUGUAUAUUUUAUGUUUAGUUUCUUCACACAAGCUUUCAUUAAGCAUGUAAAGCUUAAAAUAAUGGGCUUCAAAAAUAUUCAAGUGGGGGGAAAAAAAAGAAUGCUUUAACUCCUGAUUUAUACAGCUCAUCAUGAUAUGGUAACAGUGGACGGUCUUCAUGUUUCAAUAUGGGUUUUGGAAUCCCCAACCCUCCCACCCAUGUUCAGCGAGGUAAUUUCCUCCCUAAAGUCUUUCAUUUUUCAUUUGCAUGUGCCAAAGACUUUUGGUUGUAACUGAAUUUCUGAUGCCAGCAAGAAAACCGUUUUAGUUUUUUUGUCAUUUUUGAAGUAUGCGCUAGUCUGCAAUACACAGCGGAUGUAUGCCUUCUGCGGCUGUCCAGUCGAUGGGGAACCAUAAGGUUCACAAUGCCAUAGCUGGGACUUGUGGUUACACAACAGCUGGAAAGCCACAGAUAGGCCCCCUAAGCCUUAUCUAGAGUACUUUGUAAUCCUCCUACCUAGGAUACAUGCUGGUUAAUUGGCAAUGAUUCUCUAAAGCCUAUCCCUAGAACAGUGCAGUGAAAAAAAAAACCAAAGCACAAUAUAUUACGGCCAACCUUAUGUUUCCAAUUUUAUUUUCGGCCUUCCUGUGUUUUUCAGUCCAUAGGAAAAAAUCUUUUCUGGGCUACAAAAAUCGGUGCUUGUAUUUUUAGUUCCUUUGAAAGAAAUACUACUUUUGGCAGGUGAAUUUGCUUCAGUGUGCAUAGGCCUGACUUUGUACUGUUCAUUCUGCCGUUACACUGGGUUUCUUCUGUAUAUUUUGCAUGUAGCUGGCUGUUUGUGCAUUGUUUGGUAUAUACAUACCCCUUUGCCGUCUCUGGACUUUGCAUCCAAGGGCUAUUAUGCUGUUGUUGUACCCAUUUAGGAAUGCAGUGCAAGUCGUCCAAAUUUAUGGAUCGUAUCCUUAAACAUGAAACCAAUCUCACACAAAUCCGAAGCAAGAAAACACUGCAGUUAUACCUUACAUAGCCUGGCUGUACGAUGCAGUUAUACCUUACAUAGCCUGGCUGUACGAUGCAGUUAUACCUUACAUAGCCUGGCUGUACGAUGCAGUUAUACCUUACAUAGCCUGGCUGUACGAUGCAGUUAUACCUUACAUAGCCUGGCUGUAUGAUGCAGUUAUACCUUACAUAUCCUGGCUGUACGAUGGUCUUGGAUUUUUUUUAGUUCUUUUUUUCUCUCUCCUUGCUGCUUUAAGAGGCAUAGCCCGGCUUCCUUUAAAGGACCACUACACUUGAUUUACAGAGCUUACUAAAUACAGCCACCGAUAAAAUGUAUGUAACCGUUCCCCUAGCAGAACUUGUAAUAUUCAGUCUGACAGAACAGACUGGAACGCUGGUUACUGUGAUUACUGAAAGGAAAUCUGAUGUAUACAUCAGACCAGUCCCCUUCGCAGUCAUGGCCUAAACAUAUGCCGUUCUAGAGAUAAAUACUCUAAUUUUAUUUUUGUGAAUAUUAACGCUAUUAUCUGUUCCCAGUCCUGAUUUGUUGAAUAGAUAUUUUAUUUUCAAAGAUCCUGGCGUAUCUUCCAUCUUGUUUCCUAUUGAGGUGGCAGCUCACCAAAGCCAGGAUUAUAUGCCAUGGCCACCCGCCAUGUAACACAUGGACAGAAUUCUCUUUUUUUCACCUGAUAUUUUGUAACGCUACAUCUUGUCAAUGUGAUACUUACGUUUAGAAAUUUAAAUCCCCUCUGGGACCAUGUCAGGGGAAAGCGUUAGACUUUGCACAAGAGAUACGUCUUAAUACGCCUCCCAAACAGGUUUUUAUUUUACUGUGAUUGCUCAACUGGCAAUUCCACCGCUAAGACAUUGUAGUCGGACACAUGUGAGCACAUUACAUUAAGCUAGACAGAAUGCUGGAAUCGCUGGCUAGAAAUGUAUAAAUGGGAGUCUUCUAGGGUUGGUUGGCAGGACCUAAGCCUGUUUUACCCAGUCCAGUAGUAAGAUGCUGGAACGACCUCACUAAAAUAAGUGUUGCCUUCUAUAAAGGGCUGUUAAGAAAAUUUCAAAACUCUAUAUAUAUAUAUAUAUAUAUAUAUAUAUAUAUAUAUAUAUAUAUAUAUAUAUAUAUAUAUAUAUAUAUGUAUAUAUAUAUAUAUUUGCUUGUCCAAAAAGCAUCUCAGAUUCCUACUCCGAGUACCAUCUGUCAAUGUCUUCAAAUGGGAUCAAGGCUAGUGGUCCUUUACAGUGACGUUACAGUAGCAAAACGUUAUACAGUUCUGAUUUAUUUGGCUUUAUAUGAUUUGAGAGAAGCAGGAUUGUGGGUAAAUACUGCUAUAGCGACCAUGAGGCUUUGGGUACAACAAACACUGAAAUUGGUCUCUUGCAACAAUCUAAAUAUCCUUUUAUGAAGGAAGCAUUUUUUUUUAUUAUUAUUCUUGUUUGUUUUUUAAGUAUAAGUUACAUUGAUGGCUCUCUACAAAGUUUGCUAGUUAUAACUGUCACAGGCUUUCCUUGUCUGAGCACUGGUAUUGCACUUACAUUUGGAGUGAGAGGUUAACAGAACAAUUCUCCUUCUUUUGGCAUUUUGAGUUAAAACCCUUUUGAAGCGUUAAAUCUGGAGCGCAUCAGACCCUCUAGCCAAUCAGCCAACACACAGGCUGCGUUCUUGGUGCAUUUCUCUGACUGUCUCGCUAGGUUCCACUAUACAAAAUUUAUUCUGAUGUUAAAAUAGGUUGCACACUUUUUGUAGACUGUAAGUUUUUUUUUCUUUGUUUUUUUUUAAUAAAACCUAGUAAAAAAUCA